AGGCAGCGGGGGUGCGGCCGCCGCGAGGAGCUCCUCCCCCGUUCCCUCACCCCGUCGGCGGAGCUGCUUCGGCCCGGGGCGGGGCGGGGGUACGUGGAGCCUGUCCGGACUGGGGAGCCGCUAAGAGUCCGGCUGAAGUGCACCUCGGCGCCCGCUCCUGCUGCCUGCGGGAACUUUGUGACCGCGCCGCAGGUGUGGAGGCCGGCGGAGGUGUGCAUGUGGGGCGCGAGGGCGUCGCGGAGAGCGGCCGCAGUCCUGUCCGGUCCCCGCCGGAGUGGCCCGGAGCUGGAGGGCGAGGAGAAAGGUGUGUGAACCUCUUCCUGAUUCCUGGAGAAAAAUGCCGGUCCGGAAGCAAGAUACCCAGAGGGCGUUGCACCUUUUGGAAGAGUAUCGUUCUAAACUAAGCCAAACUGAAGAUAGACAGCUAAGAAGUUCCAUAGAACGAGUUAUUAACAUAUUUCAGAGCAACCUCUUUCAGGCUUUAAUAGAUAUUCAAGAAUUUUAUGAAGUGACCUUACUGGAUAAUCCAAAAUGUGUAGAUCAUUCAAAGCAGUCUGAACCAGUUCAACCUGUGAAUACCUGGGAAAUUUCUAGCCUUCCAAGCACUACGGUGACUUCAGAAACACUGCCAAGCAGCCUUAGUCCCAGUGUAGAGAAAUAUCGGUAUCAGGAUGAAGAUACAUCUCAAGAGCACAUUUCCCCACAAAUCACUAAUGAGGUGAUGGGACCCGAAUUGGUUCAUGUCUCAGAGAAGAACCUGUCAGAGAUUGAGAAUGUCCAUGGAUUUGUUUCACAUUCUCAUAUUUCACCAAUAAAGCCAACAGAAGCUGUUCCUCCCUCUUCUCCCACUGUCCCUGUGAUCCCUGUCCUGCCAGUCCCUGCUGAGAAUACUGUCAUCCUACCCACCAUACCACAGGCAAAUCCUCCUCCAGUACUGGUCAACACAGAUAGUUUGGAAACACCGACUUAUGUUAAUGGCACUGAUGCAGAUUAUGAAUAUGAAGAAAUCACACUCGAAAGGGGAAAUUCAGGGCUUGGUUUCAGCAUUGCAGGAGGUACAGACAACCCACACAUUGGAGAUGACUCAAGUAUUUUCAUUACCAAAAUUAUCACGGGGGGAGCAGCUGCCCAAGAUGGAAGAUUGCGGGUAAAUGACUGUAUAUUGCGUGUAAAUGAAGCAGAUGUUCGUGAUGUAACACAUAGCAAAGCAGUUGAAGCAUUGAAAGAAGCAGGUUCUAUUGUACGUUUGUAUGUAAAAAGACGGAAACCAGUCUCAGAAAAAAUAAUGGAAAUAAAGCUCAUUAAAGGUCCUAAAGGUCUUGGAUUCAGCAUUGCUGGAGGUGUUGGAAAUCAGCAUAUUCCUGGGGAUAAUAGCAUCUACGUAACCAAAAUAAUUGAAGGGGGUGCAGCACAUAAGGAUGGUAAACUUCAGAUUGGAGAUAAACUUCUAGUGGUGAAUAGUGUAUGUUUAGAAGAAGUUACUCAUGAAGAAGCAGUAACUGCUUUAAAGAACACGUCUGAUUUUGUUUAUUUGAAAGUGGCAAAACCCACAAGUAUGUACAUAAAUGAUGGCUACGCACCACCUGAUAUCACCAAUUCAGCUUCACAACCUGUUGAUAACCAUGUUAGCCCGUCUUCUUUCUUGGGCCAGCCACCAGCAUCACCAGCCAGAUACUCACCAGUUUCUAAAGCAGUCCUUGGAGAUGAUGAAAUUACUAGGGAACCUAGAAAAGUUGUUCUUCAUCGUGGUUCAACAGGCCUUGGCUUCAACAUUGUAGGAGGUGAAGAUGGAGAAGGAAUAUUUAUUUCCUUUAUCUUGGCUGGAGGACCUGCUGAUCUGAGUGGAGAGCUCAGGAAAGGAGAUCGUAUUAUAUCGGUAAAUAGUGUUGACCUCAGAGCUGCUAGUCAUGAGCAGGCAGCUGCUGCAUUGAAAAAUGCUGGCCAGGCUGUAACAAUUGUUGCACAAUAUCGACCUGAAGAGUACAGUCGUUUUGAAGCAAAAAUACAUGACUUACGGGAGCAGAUGAUGAAUAGUAGUAUUAGUUCAGGAUCAGGCUCUCUGAGAACUAGCCAGAAGCGAUCCCUCUAUGUCAGAGCCCUUUUUGAUUAUGACAAGACUAAAGACAGUGGCCUUCCCAGUCAAGGACUGAACUUCAAAUUUGGAGAUAUCCUCCAUGUUAUUAAUGCUUCUGAUGAUGAAUGGUGGCAAGCCAGGCAAGUCACACCCGAUGGUGAGAGUGAGGAAGUUGGAGUGAUUCCCAGUAAACGCAGAGUUGAGAAGAAAGAACGAGCCCGGUUAAAAACAGUAAAAUUCAAUUCUAAAGCAAGAGGUGAUAAAGGGCAGUCAUUCAAUGACAAGCGUAAAAAGAACCUCUUUUCCCGAAAGUUCCCCUUCUACAAGAACAAGGACCAGAGUGAGCAGGAAACAAGUGAUGCUGACCAGCAUGUAACUUCUAAUGCCAGCGAUAGUGAAAGUAGUUACCUAAUCUUGAUUACAGAUGAGUAUGGCUGCUCCAAAGGUGGUCAAGAAGAAUAUGUCUUAUCUUAUGAACCAGUGAAUCAACAAGAAGUUAAUUAUACUCGACCAGUUAUCAUAUUGGGACCUAUGAAAGACAGGAUAAACGAUGACUUGAUCUCAGAAUUUCCUGACAAAUUUGGAUCCUGUGUUCCUCAUACAACUAGACCAAAACGAGAUUAUGAGGUAGAUGGAAGAGAUUACCAUUUUGUGACUUCAAGAGAGCAGAUGGAAAAAGAUAUCCAAGAACAUAAAUUCAUUGAAGCUGGCCAGUAUAACAACCAUCUAUAUGGAACAAGUGUUCAGUCUGUGCGAGAAGUAGCAGAAAAGGGUAAACACUGUAUCCUCGAUGUGUCUGGAAAUGCCAUAAAGAGAUUACAAAUUGCACAACUUUAUCCAAUAUCCGUUUUCAUUAAACCCAAAUCUGUGGAAAAUAUCAUGGAAAUGAAUAAGCGUCUGACAGAAGAACAAGCCAGAAAAACGUUUGAGAGAGCCAUGAAACUGGAACAGGAAUUUACUGAGCAUUUCACAGCUAUUGUACAGGGCGAUACGCUGGAAGACAUUUACAACCAAGUGAAGCAAAUCAUAGAAGAACAAUCUGGUCCUUACAUCUGGGUUCCAGCAAAAGAAAAGUUAUGAGGACUGAUGUUUCUCUAUUUCUCUUUUCCACAGUCUCAUUUUCUUUGACACUUCUUUGCCCUUUCCUUUUGGAGUCUGUCUUUAGUACUCCAUUCAUGUUGAAUCAUCUCUCAUUCAUCAUGGUCCCAGUUGUGCUUAUUUUUGAUAUCUACUGUCUCCUUCGUGUUGCAUCAUCUGUAUUAUUCUACGUCACUAUGGUUUGUGACCAUUUUCCAGAACUGAAGAUGGAUGGCCUGACCAGCUGUUAAGGGUCUGGGGAGAUGCAGAAAUUGUGAUAAAACUCCUUAAUGUUUAAGGGAAAGUAACUUUAAGAGAUUUUCAGAAUAGCUUUAUAUACAUCCUUUUGAAAUUUCAGUACAAAUGAAAGAAAAGUGGUUUUAACAAGUGAUUUAGUAGACUUUGAGCAACUAUGCACGCUUAACUUUAAUAGCAUGGUUUGGCCAGUGUAUUAGCUCUCAAGCCCUUUUCCCAAUUGACUUCUGUAUCAAAGUAAUUAUUUCAUUAUCGACAAAUAAGAUUUUUUUAUUUCAAAAUUAAUGUCUGCGUUAACUUUCAUAAUUUCACAAGGGAUAUUCACUUUUCAUAGAGUUCUUAAAGUCUUUUAUUAUUUCAAGUUUUCCGCCCCAAUACAUUAGGUAGGAACAACAGUGUUCAAAUGUUUUUAAUCUACUUGUGCAACACUGUAGUGUCUCACAAAAGUUGUUCAUACAUAAUGAUCAUCCCAUUUUCUGAGUUAAGGUCAUGUGGAGGCGGUAGGAAGCCCACCUUUUACACUGAAGGUUGAGAAAAUUCCAUAGACAUAAAUGCAGACAGAAGAGACAUUACAGUGGAGAUGUAGUCAUCAUCAUGGCAUUGGAAAAGGAAUCCAAUUCAUAGCCUAAAAUUUUAAAUGUAUUCUUAGGGGUCAGAUUUUAAUGAAUAUUUUACCCACAAUAACUGCCUAUUUUGUUAUAAUAAAAUAUAUAUAUAUAAAUAUAUAUAUAACUUUCUUUAAACUCUGUAACUAUGGAAUUAUUUUCUUUACAUAGUUGCACACACAAACAUAUAUAUUUAAAAUAUAUUUUUUCUUUUGCCACCUACUUUUUGUUUGGUUUUUAAAUUAAAUAUUAAUUGAUAAGACUUACCUUCUUUAAUCUGUGAGCUGAACACAGGGGUGUGGUGGUUGUGAGGAGAAACCUCUAGGGUCAUUAGAUUGCAAGUGAAAGAAUAAGCAUGUUCUCCUCUUUUCUAUAGAAUUUUUCAAAAGGUUCUUGGUUUUCUAAUGUCAUUGUUCUUGUCCUUAGGUUUGAUUUUGGUCCUCUGCCUUUCCUCCUAGUUCUCCUUCGAUUAACAGAAAACAGGUGAAACCCCCCUUUCUCGGUGUGUUUUCCCCUCAGGAGCCCUUAUCUUGUGUAGCUGCUCUGCUCUAGGGUUGCACAGUUCUUCAUGGUGAGCAAUUAAAUUUUCAUAAAAGGUAGAAAUGAGUUCAGAAAACAGUUCCUCUGGUCCUUUUUAUUAAUAUCAUUUGGCUUCUCAUUCUCUUUGGAGUUGUUUAUUAAAUAUGUGGUUUUUGACAACCUCCUCGUUAAAAUUUCUUAAAUGAAUACUGAUUUGUAAAGAAUUAUGAACAUUAUCCAUUCCAUUUGUGAGAAAGAGGAGAACAGCUAAUAAACUUUAUUGUAAAAUUCA